UUCCUUCAAACAGAACCAGGAGAGCGCCACUGGAGAAUUGCUGUGUGGGAGACAACAUCGGCUCUGGAGAAUCCUUUGCUAGUCCAACGCCGCCAUAAGAGCUUCUAAAGGAGCUUAAUCGCCACGAUUCCUGUCUAUCAUAUGCAACCUAGUAAUCAGUUUACAAGAUAUAAACGACAAUGACGAAGGUGUAUGGGAUUGGACCUUAUGAUUUCCGGCGUCAUAGAGUAGCGGAGUACCCUGUGGAGGGGCAAUCACAACAACCAGCUGUGUCGGCUAUCCCUGACAAGCCGCCGGAGUCAAAUCCCCUUUCAAAUGUCCCCAGCUCCAUAACCCUCAGUGAGAUCCAACGUGACCGCCUCACCAAAAUUGCAGCUGAAAAUUGGUCAAAAACAACGGACUCUGCAGCUAAGAAGCCAUUUGAUGCCGACUUAGUCAAUGAAAUUUACUAUACUGAGCUUACAGUAAAAGGGGGUAGAAAGCCUGUGCCACUCCAGAGGGUGAUGAUUUUGGAAGUGAGCCAGUAUUUGGAGAAUUACCUGUGGCCAAAUUUCAAUCCAGAGAGUUCUACAUUUGAGCAUGUGAUGUCAAUGAUACUUAUGGUCAAUGAGAAGUUCCGUGAAAAUGUGGCUGCUUGGUUAUGUUUCCAUGAUCAAAAAGAUAAAUUCAAAGCAUUUCUUGAGAGGGUCAUUUCCCUAAAGGAGGGUUGCUUGCAGGGAAGAAGCUUAAGUAUUGCUGAGAAGACCAACUAUCUACUUUUCAUGAUUAAUGCUUUUCAGAGUUUAGAAGAUGAGAUAGUGAGCAAGAAGAUUUUAAGAUUAGCAGGUCUUCAGUGUUGGCAUUGUUUAUCAUAUGGCCGAUUUCAAAUGGAACUCUGUAUGAAUCCAGACCUGAUUAAGAAAUGGAAAAAGAUUGCUAAAAGAGCCAAGGAGGCAGCUAACAGAGGAGAACCUUUUGAUCCCUCAAACAUGCUGGAAGCAAAAUUCUUGAGGAACCUGAUUGAGGAGUUUCUUCAGGUGCUUGAUUCUGAGGUUUUCCCUAGCAUGGAGCACAGUGAGACAGAGGAUAGAUUUAUUGAUGCAAGUGAUUUUGCAGCUGUUCAUGAUGCUUGUGUCUUAUAUUGUGAAAGGUUUAUGGAGUUCCUCAUUGAUCUUCUGAGCCAACUGCCAACAAGAAGAUAUAUAAGGCCUCUUGUUGCUGAUGUUGCUGUUGUUGCUAAAUGUCAUUUAAGUGCCCUCUAUAAGCAUGAGAAAGGAAAACUCUUUGCACAGCUUGUUGACUUGCUUCAAUUUUAUGAGACAUUUGAGAUUGAUGACCAUCUAGGGAGGCAAAUGACUGAUGAUGAGGUCCUUCUGGCUCAUUAUGAUCGCUUCCAGUCAUUCCAACUUUUUGCAUUCAAUAAGAUUCCUAAGUUGCGGGAGCUUGCUCUAGCCAAUAUAGGUGCAAUCAACAGGCGUGCUGAUCUCUCAAAGAAACUCUCAGUGCUUUGUCCUGAAGAAUUGAGAGAUUUGGUUUGUCAAAAGCUUAAACUGAUAUCAAAAGAUGAUCCAUGGUCGGAAAGGGUUGAUUUCUUGAUUGAAGUCAUGGUCUCAUUUUUUGAGAGACAACAAUCUCAGAAGGAGGCCAUAAAUGCUCUUCCUCUUUACCCUAAUGAACAUAUAAUGUGGGAUGAAAGUCUUGUACCUAGCAUUAACUACACGGGAGAAGGGUGUCUUGCACUGCCCAAACUCAAUCUACAGUUUUUGACCCUUCACGAUUACCUACUUAGGAAUUUUAACCUAUUUCGUCUUGAAUCAACUUAUGAAAUCCGUGAAGAUAUUCAGGAAGCUAUACCACAUCUUCUUGCUUACAUUAAUAAUGAAGGAGAACCUGCAUUCCGUGGUUGGUCUCGCAUGGCUGUUCCAUUUAAAGAAUUUAAGAUUACUGAGGUAAAACUGCCAAAUAUUGGGGAGGUUAAGCCAGCUUCUGUGACUGCAGAAGUUACUUUCAGCAUUGCCAGUUACAAAGCACAAAUAAGAUCAGAAUGGAAUGCACUUAAAGAGCAUGAUGUUCUCUUUUUGUUGUCAAUUCGUCCUUCAUUUGAGCCCCUGAGUGCAGAAGAGGCUGCUAAAGCGACUGUACCACAGAGACUUGGCCUUCAAUAUGUUCGUGGAUGUGAAAUUAUUGAGAUCCGUGAUGAAGAGGGAACUCUGAUGAAUGAUUUCACAGGGAGGAUCAAGCGGGAUGAGUGGAAACCUCCAAAAGGAGAUCUUAGAACUGUUACUCUUGCACUUGACACAGCACAGUAUCACAUGGAUGUUAGUGAUAUUGCAGAAAAAGGUGCUGAAGACAUUUACAGUACAUUUAACAUCUUAAUGAGAAGGAAGCCAAAGGAAAACAAUUUCAAAGCCAUUUUAGAAUCCAUAAGAGAUCUGAUGAAUGAAACUUGUAUAGUUCCAGACUGGUUGCAUGACAUAUUUUUAGGCUAUGGAAAUCCUUCCGCUGCACAGUGGACUAAUAUGCCUGACCUUCUUGAAGUAGUGGAUUUCAAAGAUACCUUUCUUGAUGCUGAUCAUGUGCGAGAGAGUUUUUCAGAUUACCAGAUUUCCUUUGUGAACUCGGAUGGUACGGAAAACUUGCAGCCUAGCCCUCCCUUUAGAAUUAGAUUUCCCAGGAACCUGAAAGGCAAUGCCCAUGCUGUUCCAGGGAAUGUGAAGUCUAUAGCAGCUUCUGCAGACGCUGCCAACAUGGAAGGUGUUCAUUCAGAAAAGGAAGAGCUUAUUGUUGAAGCUUAUAUCCCUCCUGAUCCUGGUCCAUAUCCCCAGGAUCAGCCUAAGCAAAACUCAGUGAGAUUUACCUCGACUCAGAUUGGAGCAAUCAUUUCAGGCAUUCAGCCAGGUUUAACUAUGGUUGUGGGUCCACCUGGUACAGGAAAGACGGAUACAGCUGUGCAGAUUUUGAAUGUACUAUAUCAUAAUUGCCCUUCUCAGAGAACUUUGAUUAUAACUCAUUCAAAUCAGGCUCUAAAUGAUCUUUUUGAGAAAAUAAUGGAGAGGGAUGUGCCAGCUCGCUAUCUUCUUCGUCUUGGUCAAGGGGAGCAAGAACUAGCAACUGAUCUUGACUUCAGUCGUCAAGGCCGUGUUAAUGCAAUGCUUGUUCGGCGUCUGGAAUUACUUAGCGAAGUGGAGAGGCUAGCUAGGUCUCUCCAAUUGCCUGAAGAUGUUGGUUAUACUUGUGAAACUGCAGGGUACUUUUGGCUGCUUCAUGUGUACUCACGCUGGGAACAAUUUUUAGCUGCAUCUGCUGAGAACCAGCAUAAACCCACAUUUGUUCAGGACAGGUUUCCUUUUAAGGAGUUCUUUUCUAAUGCUCCACUACCACUUUUUACGGGUGAGUCUUUUGAUAAAGACAUGCGCACAGCUAAGGGGUGCUUUCGUCACCUGAAAACUAUGUUCCAAGAGCUUGAAGAAUGUAGGGCAUUCGAAUUGCUUAAGUCAACUGUUGAUAGAUCAAAUUACCUGAUGACUAAACAGGCAAAAAUUGUGGCAAUGACUUGUACCCAUGCAGCUCUUAAAAGGAAAGAUUUUCUUCAAUUAGGAUUUAAGUAUGACAAUUUGUUAAUGGAAGAAAGUGCUCAGAUAUUAGAGAUUGAAACAUUCAUACCAAUGUUGCUUCAAAGACAGGAAGAUGGUUAUGCUCGUCUUAAACGUUGUAUAUUGAUUGGUGACCACCACCAGCUGCCUCCUGUUGUAAAAAAUAUGGCUUUUCAAAAGUAUAGCCAUAUGGAUCAGAGUUUAUUUACGAGAUUUGUCCGCUUGGGGAUUCCUUACAUUGAGCUUAAUGCCCAAGGUAGAGCAAGGCCUAGUUUGGCCAGACUUUACAAUUGGAGAUACCGAGAUUUGGGUGAUCUUCCUUAUGUGAAGGAGAACGCCAUCUUUCUCAAAGCUAAUGCCGGAUUUUCCUAUGACUAUCAGUUGAUUGAUGUGCCUGAUUACCAUGGAAGAGGAGAGACUGCCCCCUCUCCUUGGUUCUAUCAAAAUGAGGGUGAAGCUGAAUAUCUAGUUAGUGUGUAUAUUUACAUGCGUUUACUUGGGUAUCCUGCAAAUAAGAUAUCCAUCUUAACUACUUACAAUGGUCAGAAACUUUUGAUCCGUGAUGUUAUAAACAGACGGUGUGUUCCUUACGACUUCAUUGGUCCACCACACAAGGUUGCAACUGUUGAUAAAUUCCAAGGUCAACAAAAUGAUUUCAUCUUAUUGUCUCUCGUGCGAACUCGGUUUGUGGGCCAUCUUCGGGAUGUUAGAAGGUUGGUUGUGGCAAUGUCUCGUGCUCGUCUGGGUCUCUAUGUCUUUUGUCGACGGUCUCUUUUUGAACAAUGCUAUGAACUGCAACCUACCUUUCAACUCCUGCUACAGAGGCCUGACUGCCUUGGCUUGAAUAUACAUGAGGUAACAUCAUUCACAGACCGUCAUGUUGAUGAAACCGGAGAGAUCCAACUCGUUAGUGGUCUUGAUGAAAUGGCAAAUAUUGUGAACUUCAAGAUGCAUCAGGUCUAUCAGGCGCGGGCGAUGAGCUAUCAUCAAUUCAAUCAAAUUUCAGCUUAUGCAGAGCCUGCUCCCGAGGAAAAUGAUCCAACACAAGAGUACAAUGCCAUGGAUAUCGAUGGCCCUGCACCAGAAAAUGGUGCCAAUGAGGAGACACCGCCUGAAAUUGGUGCCAGCGAGGAGAAGCCACCUGAAAACGGUGCCAACAUGGGGACACCACCUGAAAAUGGUGCCAACGAGGAGAAACCACCUGAAAGUGGUGCCAACGAGGAGACACCACCUGAAAAUGGUGCCAACAAGGAGGCACCACCAGAAAUUGGUAACAAGGAGAAACAACAUGAAAAUGAUGCCAACGAGGAGACACCACCAGAAUCAAAGUUAGAUGGGCCCACAUCAGCAGAAGCCUCAGCUAACGAAAUUGGAUCUUCAAAUGGGGGUGUUGAUGGUGAAGAUAAAAAAGAUGGCAGUGACGUGGCGACUGGAGGUGGUUUGAUUUGAUGAAGACGAAAUGGAGUGAUCCGGCAUGCCCGAGUUUCUGGACUUCAACAUGCACAAAAGGAUUGCAGGCUUGCAUCUCUGUGCAGUAGAGAAGUUCUGAGGUGUAAUGAAUUGCAGUGUUACACCCACGAGGCGAUUCAGCAAGUUAAACAUUACUUUUGUAAGAUGUAGCAGGAAGUUAAACAUUACUUUUGUAAGAUGUUAUUAUUCUGUAGAAUCAGAAAGAGAAUGAAGGAUUUUGGUAUAGCUAGGAAAAUUGACCAAUUAUUUAUUUCAUACCUGCCUUCUAUCCUGAACUCAGCUGUGUAUAUGAAGUGUUUGAUAGUUAUCAUUGCAAGUUUGCAACCUCCAA